UUUCUCUCAUUUAUAAGCGCCUGUGAGUGCAGAGAAUUUUGAGGAAGACAAACAUAAAAAGCAAUCUCUUGGUUUUCUUGUUUGUAUAAAGGGUUAGUAGAUUUGGGUCUCUGGGUUUCUUUCAAAACAAGGUUUUUCUUUGACGUAUUUCCUCGCUUUCUUUUAAAGAGAAACCACAAAGAAAAAGGAAACGGGUUUUGAAGAAGGAGAUGGUUUUCAUGUGUGAGAUUUUCUUGCCCGGAGGAAAGUUGGAAGAAAGAGAGUGGGAAAAGGAGAGAUAAUAAAAAAAGAAGAAGAAAAAGAUCAAAUUUGCCUAAAAAGCCGUAGUAGCAGAAGUGGAAAAAGGGGGUAAUUCCUUUUUAAGCAAAGAACAAGAACCCUAAGUUUUUGUUUGUUUAAUCUGCUUAUCUGCUGGGCUAAUUGGCAAUGUCUGCUACGAUAAUGAGUGAACCAAUGGUGGUAUCAGCACCAUCACCAGAAACUCAAGCAACAUCAGCAAAACUUGCUGCACAAUCUGAUGUCCAGUUCGCCAAAUGCGAUUGCUGUGGACUUACCGAAGAGUGUACCCCGGCUUAUAUCGAAACGGUACGCCAACGGUACCAAGGGAAAUGGAUAUGUGGCCUUUGUGCUGAAGCAAUCAAAGAUGAGAUCAUAAGAACUGAAAGGCUUAUUAGUACCGAGGAAGCAAUGGCCAGGCACAUGAACUUUUGCCAAAAAUUCGUCUCCUCCGGACCGCCUCCUGAUCCUACGGUUCAUCUGAUAUCUGCUAUGAGAAGUAUUCUUAGAAAAAGUUUGGAAUCCUCGAGGGGUUUAAGAUCGACCCCUCCGAUUAGUCCUACCGGAAAGGUCAGCAAAAUUCGAGUCCAACUCGGUCUGAAUGUUGUUUCCCUACCCUGUCUGGUUGAUAGAGGUAUAAGAGAUGAUGGGAAGGGAAUCAAGAGCCUGGAUUGAACAAUAGGUGGAACACAAAAAGAGCCAGUUGCAUAGGUUUUUUUUCUCAUAGUUGUAAGACUUUGGGUUCAAGUUCCUCCUUCAUAAUUGUAUCAUUGUUUGAAACAGAUAAAAUAAAUUAAAAAAGAAAAUUGAUGUUUUAAAGUUUAGACUUAGAAGUUUAUGUAGAUUUUAAUGUUAAAUAUAAAUAGAAGUUGUGUUUUUGGAAA